GCCGAAGCGCCGACCGGAUCGAGAAGAUUUGCGCCACCUGAGCCGGUACAACCAUGGAACGAUACGUUAGAUGCCUUGACUGAUGGCCCCGCAUGCCCACAAGAGUUUAGAGGCGAGCAAAUGGACGAAGACUGUUUGUCUCUAAACGUUUUCACAGCGAAUGAGCGUGCGUCGAAUCCAGUGAUUGUUUACAUACAUGGCGGUGAAAAUAAAGAAGGAAGUGCGAACAGUGAAUUGAGGGCUGGACCGCAGUACUUGCUCGAUGAGAAUGUAGUGCUAGUGAGCGUUUUCUUUCGUAUUGGCCCUUUCGGAUUCCUAAGUACAGGCACCCCAGAUGCGCCCGGAAAUUACGGUUAUUUAGAUCAACUAUUGGCACUCAAGUGGGUGAAGAAACAUAUUCAUAAGUUUGGUGGAGAUUCCAAUAGGGUCACACUGCACGGUCAUAGUACCGGGGGUUUCGCGGUCACGUUGCAUUUGGUAUCGCCAUUGUCAGUUGGACUCUUUCAUGGUGCCAUUGUCCAGAGUUGUAGUACAACAAAUCAUUUCGAUAUGAACAAUGCAUAUUGGAGCCGAAAGUUGGCAAAUGACCUUGGCUGCCCCAAGUACGAGACCACAUAUUUACUGAAUUGUUUGAGACAGGUUAGUUGGGAAGAGAUAGUUAACGUGACUGUAAGAUGGGAAAACUAUGCAUUGCCAAAUUUAAAGUGGAACUAUGAGAUCGAUGGUAAAUUUCUGUUAGAGCACCCGAGCGAAUUGAUACGCAAUAACAGGUUUAAUCGUGUGCCAAUUAUAACUGGCGUCACUCGAGGUGAAUUCGAUUUAAUUCCACAAGCAUUAGCAAAUCAAUCCGAUCUGCUCGCUGACAUCGAUAAGAACUUUGGGCUUUAUGCAAAGGAUUUCUUGCAGUUCGCGAGCACUGGAAAUGAUGACGAAUGGCCGAAGAGUAUUCGUGAGUUUUAUUACAAUGGCAUCAGCAUAAGCCAAUAUAACCUCGAUAGGUUUGGCCUAAUGGAAUCGGAUGCUUGUAUUGGACAUGGCGUGCAUAGGUUGGUGCAAUUGGCAAAGGAUCACACUGAUGUGUAUUACUAUCGUUUCGACUAUGUUGGUGAAAAGUCGGGGUUUUCAGAUAGCGCUGGACACCCGCAAGGUGCCUACCAUGGGGAUGACCUUUUAUAUAUCUUCAAACGCAAAAACUUCGAAGUGCACGAUAACUCGACAGAUAUUUUUAUGGUCGAACGGAUGACUAACUUGCUUGCCUCAUUCGCCGCAAACGGCUCACCACCGCUUAUAGAUAAUAUGACUUGGCCACCUUUUACUGCCAAAAAUAACGUUGUACUGUAUAUGAAGAAGUAUCCAUUUACCAGUGGUCCCUUUUAUGUGGACCGCUAUGCUUUGUGGGACGAAUUG